AGCAGAUCAGAGUGCUACGUAACCUGUCUGUUAAUUAAUGAUAAGACGCUUCAUAAAGGACAGAGUAUUUUUGCCCGCAGUGAUUUUUUACAGCACAGCACUUGGCAGUCGGGUUUAGGAGGACGCACAAUGACGGAAACCAACGGUAUUCAGCUCAAAAACAUAACCCAUGCCAACGGAAAUGGCGUGGACAACCAGGCUUUUGAAAUCGAGGAGGACAACAUUUCUGAUACAGGGAGUGUCAAAAGGCGGACUAAAAAGACUAAAAAAGGAUUGGGAUCAUACAUAAGCCAAGUUUCCAAGCCGAUUAAUGCCACAGAGGAUUACAUCAAGGCUCACUCAAAAACCUUCAAAUAUGUUGUGCUGGGUAUACUUGGAGCAGGUUAUGUGGCGUACUUCAUUGCAGCCUGUGUAUUGGAUUUCCAGAGAGCCACUGGUCUUGUAGUCCUAACCAGUUUGGCUGUCGUUGCUACAUCCUAUGAACUUUUGAAGGAAUACAAGGGAGAAAGCAUCAGUCGGUGUUUCAGACCGGCAGUUAGAUGCUUUAAAUCUAACUUGAAAUGGAUAAAAUGGGUUUUCAUUUUAGCGGCUUUGGCCUUGUUUGUGGUGUGGCUUGUCUUGGACACGAGCAAGUAUCCUCAGCAGCUUAUCUCAUUUGGAGGUGUGUGCAUGUUCGUCGUGCUUAUAUUCCUCUUGUCAGCACACAGGACAGCGGUAUCAUGGAGGCCUGUGUUUUGGGGUCUUGGGAUGCAGUUCUGUAUUGGCCUUUUUGUUAUAAGAACACAACCUGGACUCAUAGCUUUCAAAUGGCUCGGACAACAAGUGCAGAUAUUCCUGAACUAUACCAAAGAAGGGUCAAUAUUUGUUUUUGGGGAUCUGCUAGCAGACAUUUUUGCCUUUCAAGCUUUGCCCAUUGUUGUGUUCUUCAGCAGUGUGAUGUCGAUUCUUUACUUUUUGGGGAUUAUGCAGUGGCUCAUUCUGAAGAUCUCAUGGGUUAUGCAGAUAACGAUGGGAACCUCUCCCACAGAGACCUUGAGUGUGGCAGGCAAUAUAUUUGUUGGGCAGACUGAGGCUCCGCUGCUGAUUCGCCCGUAUUUGAAAGACAUGACAAAAUCUGAGAUCCAUGCUGUUUUGACUGGUGGAUUUGCCACAAUUGCAGGCAGUGUCAUGGGGGCAUUCAUCUCAUUUGGGAUUGAUGCAUCUUCCUUGAUAUCAGCCUCUGUGAUGGCUGCACCUUGUGCCUUGGCCAUCUCCAAACUAUCUUACCCAGAGACAGAGGAGAGUCCCUUCAAGUCAGAGAAGAAUGUUAAAGUGUCUUGUGGAGAUGAACAGAACAUUCUGGAGGCUGCUAGCAGUGGAGCAUCUGCUUCAAUCGGUCUUGUUGCUAACAUCGCAGCAAAUUUGAUAGCCUUUCUUGCCAUCCUCGAGUUCAUAAAUAGCGCUUUGCGUUGGCUUGGAAGUAUGGUGGGAUAUCCUUUACUCACAUUUCAGCUGAUUUGCUCUUACGUGUUCAUGCCUGUGGCCUUUAUGAUGGGAGUACCAUAUGAUGACAGUUUCAUUGUGGCUGAACUAAUUGGCACAAAGCUCUUCGUCAACGAGUUUGUGGCUUAUGAGGAAUUAUCUAAACUGAAGGAAAACAGACGCAAUGGAAUUGAAGAAUCGAUAUCUAUUCGAUCAGAAAUAAUAACCACUUAUGCACUUUGUGGGUUUGCCAACUUCAGCUCGCUUGGUAUUGUGAUUGGAGGCCUUUCCUCCAUAUGCCCAUCCAGAAGAGCAGAUAUCUCAUCUCUGGUGUUGAGAGCUAUGCUCACUGGGACAUGUGUAUCUCUAGUCAAUGCUUGCAUUGCAGGGAUACUCUAUGUUUCUCCAAUUGACUGUGUGAACCUGUUCAACGUAUCUGCCUUCAAUGCCACAGAUGUAAAUAUACAAUCUUGCUGUGAAGACCUCUUUAAAAACACUGUAAACAAUGGGACCGUCUCAUUUGAAGGACUGUGGAGCACAGUAGAAAAUGCCACUGUGUUUUUCUCUAAAUGCUGUCAGUGUUGUGAUCUCUCUGCUGUGGACGUUUGUAAGUAGAGGAGAAAAAUACAUGCUGCAGUGUCUGUUUUUAUGCUGUACUUACAGUAAUUUUUCUCUCUGUGUUUUUAUAUUUUUGUCAUAGCUCAUGUAAAAAUGUAAAGUCUAUAUACAUACUAUGUUUUAAAGAUGAAUGUAACUUUCAUGUAUUAUAUUGUAAAUUAAUUCAGAUAUUGGUUUGUAUUUAAAUCCAAGGAUUAAAAGGAAACAGCUUCAGAAAAAUACCUCAGGAAAUAUUCAGGCAUCAACAGUUUCAUGAAUGUCAAUAUUUAAAAUUAAAUUGAGUAACUCAGUAAUUUCAUAAUGUUAUUGAUAAUUAUACACACAUACUGUCAUACUUUAUGAAAAAAUAAAAACCUAUGAAAACGUGAA